AUGGAGCCCUUUUCGUCUUUAUUCGAUUUCAGUGCGUCAGCCAAUGCCGUGGCGAGUGAUUCACAAGCGAGCGCAACUGCGAAUGCCUAUGCGGCGGCUUCGUCGCCCGAUUUGCGCACAGUCGCACGUGUGGCCUCGCCCAUCGGAUCGGAAAAAUCCAUGGAACGCAUGGAGUCACAGAUUGCCCAUCUCCGACGACGUGUCUCCUCACUGGAGUUCCAGCAGAAUAUUGUCGGUACCGGCUUAACUCUGUAUGUGGCCUUUCGGAUUUUGCGAUGGCUUCUUCGCGCUCUGCAGUGA